AUAAGCAAAACAAAUAAAGGCAAACAAACGGAAGGAAGCGUCAACUGCUGCGGGAGGCAGCCGGUCACCUCGUCGCCGUCUCGCCGGCGCCCUCGCCGUCGCCUCCCGUCUAGUCUAAGGCCAUUCGGCGCGCCUCGCAAGCCCGGCCAAUGGAAGGUCCCACCGCCUACCACAACCUGCGUGGCCCGUCCCCCAUCGUGUGGGCCAUGCGCACCCGCAUCGCGCCGCCGCCGCCGCUCGCCGAGCCGAUUCCCAAACCCGUCUACCCUCCUCCUCCUCCGCCGCAGGCGCCGCUGCCACCCCCGCGGCGCCGCGUCCGCCCCCGCCUCCCGCCGCCGCCGGCCGCCCACGGGCAAGGGGAUUUGGGCGGGCUCCAGCCUCACGUACUCACCAUUGCCGCGGGAGAGGAUAUAAUAUCAAGGGUCGUUGCGAUCUCACGGAUAAAUGCGAAGGCCAUCUGCGUUCUUUCAGCAUUUGGAGCUGUUAAGGAAGCAAUUCUACUCCAGCCAUCUGGUGCCAUUUUAAAUCACAAGGGUCCUUUAGAAAUCAUUCGGUUAGUUGGGUCAAUUUUGACAUCCAACGACCUUGGAUGUCUACGUGUGACACUUGCUUCAGUGGAUAGUUCUGUGAUCAGUGGCAUUAUAGCUGGACCUCUCAUAGCUGCAACAACUAUUCAGGCAAUCCUUGGAAGCUUUCAGAAUGAUGCAUACUGUCCAAGUAACGCACCUAGGGCCGCUGCUGCAUGUUAUCCCAACACUCAGGUUACCAUCAGCAACGGCAGCCCUCUAUCGAGUGAGCAUUCCUCUUCAGGAUAUGCACAUUGCACUUCAGUACAACAGAAUGAAUCAUAUGAGAUUGAUGUCAAGCCCUCGCUUGGAGUGGGUUUAACUUAGAAUCGCUGUAUGUGUGGCGAUCUAUUUACCUCUCAAGGUGAUAGAGAAAAUACAUGCAUUAGAUAGUUGAGCCUCUGUGCAUCACCAUGUAACUCUGAGUCGUAGCUUUAGUCCAGAAGCAACCUGCCAAAGCUUGAACACCGUACUCUUUUGUUUUCCUGCUGAAAAAUAUGUGCACACCGGCAUAUACUUUUCAGAGCUAAUGACACUAGAUCUCCUGCCGGUCAAUUUAUUGAUCUGCAUCGAAGUUCUGAAAAGGGUCGUGGUGUUAUUCAGUUGAAUCUUGAUCUUAGGUAGUAAUUUAGACCUUGGAAAGCAGCUGCCAGCUGGUGGCCAUCGAAGAUUCAAGGUUUGCUUGCACUGGAACUUGACACUAUGAUUGAUCUGAUGGCUCUACUGUUCUAGCCUUUGCAUUUGGAAAUGCAAGGAUGUAACAUAGUUAUUCAGUGUCGUUAUUCUCCAUUAUAUCCCUCUUUACAAGUCUGCUGGGCAGAGAUGCAAACUGUAUGUUGAAAUCUCAUGUGUGCUGCAAAACCGGACUAUUUGUCGGCA